CUGCAGAGGAAUAUUGACCUAAAUGUUUGUUAUGAGUUAGUAUCACAGGGAGGAGGGACACAUCCUCAUAUUUUCCACUCAUUUCGCCUCAUUUACGGUCCUGUCCCUGGUUUUUGGCCCCCCAUAAGAGUUGACUCCAGUCCCCGCCACCAUGGGCAACAGUGCAGACAAGGGGCUGAAUGAAAACCUCCGCAGAAAUCAUGAACUCAUGGCCGAAUCACAAAGAAUUGGGCUUGAGAGACAAAUUCACAUGCAGAAUGAGAUGCGGGAGAAGUUAAUGUCAAUGCAGAUAGCAAGAGCAAGAGAACUUCUAUACUGGUUUGGGACAUUCUAUGCAAUAUCUGCAAUAGGCAUGAUUGCAGGUUUUCGACGAACCCGCAAGCCUGGGACAUUGGUACCACUUCUGCCCCUGACCUUCAUUGUGGCAUACCAGGCAGAUCUGGCCUACGGCUCUAAACUCAAUCGAAUCAAAAUGGAGGCUGAGAACAUCUUGGUAUUUGAGCGUGAGCUGGUUUCAAUGCCGAUGGGCGUGCCAACUCCGGCUUCAAUUGACGAGGCUCGCGAACGACAGGAGGAAUCCAAGCGACUGAACAAGGCCCUGCACCAGCACCGUAGCGGCUAUUACUAAGCCCGACCCCUAAACGCCGUCUCUUCUGCUUCCCCUUGUACAUUCCCGAAAUCCCAAGAGACCCGGAAAAUUGUGGAUUUGUCAGCGACUCUUUUCGGACUUAACACUGGCUUCCUCUGCUCCUGUUCAAGCGCAUAAUUCACUUUCCAAAGAGUGUCAGUUCAUGCUGUCAAGAGAAUGGAUGCUUUGGUCUUCAUCAUCUUCAUAACUUGUGUAUGAUUUGAUCUCCUUCCUUCAACCACAUUUUGCUCCUUCUUCGUCUUAAUCUUCAACUUAAUUCUCACCAUCAUUUUCGCUUUCACCUCUUUUCCUCCUCCCUCUCAAUGACCUUUUUCAUCAUAUCGCAUUGGUGUUUCAUGGUACCGAGUUAUGGUAGAAAAGGGGAGAAGGUUCACUGAUUAAACCUUCUGUGUCCAUGGCAUGUGAUGCUUCCUAUACAAAAGCUUGAUUCCAGCUGAGUAUCUUUAACUGCAAUUCUUACAACUUCAGCUUUUUAUAUUUUUUCAAGAUCUAGAAGGGAUAAAUAUGAGAAUAGCCUCGAGCAUCUUCAUAGCUAAAAAAAAAUGAUGCAGAGAUGCUUCUCCUCUAAAGCAAUUUGAUUUUCUGUCUUAAUACAGGCAAAGUUUGUGUCUUCAUCACCUCCAUAUGUAUUCCCAACUAGUUCCUUUCUUGUGAGUUGGCCUUUUUUAUUUAUCAUAUUCUAACAUAUCCAUGUCUGCAUUUAUCUAUAUUGCUUUUUUAAUGUAAAGAUCUAUAACAGAUAAUAUGGAAAAGGUAUGAAUAUGCAAGGCAGACAUAUUUUGAUAUUACAUUUGGCUAUUUUCUUAUUAGUGUGUGUCUGUGUCUGUGUCUGUGUCUGUGUCUGUGUGUGCAUGCACAUGUAUGUGUAAGUG